AGCCACACGGAACCGUCGUGAAUCUUCUCGCCAAUGUUUGUGUAUUUCUGUGGACUUCGCUCGGUCCGGAACCAGGCUGACGGGCGGGAUCUGCGGCGGGAUGUCGGCGCUGAGGGAGAACCAGUGCUACGGACUGUCCGGCGGUAAACUGAGCCGCGGCGGCAACAUCUCUGUUUUUCAUGUCAAACUCACUGACAGCGCGGCAAGAGCCAUUGGCUCCUUUCAACACCGCAAGGGUUGCUCGUCCCAUCCCACCAUCUGUUUUAAUGGGAACCAAGGGAGGAUCACCAUCCCUUGCUCAGAGAAUAGAGAUGAAAUGAGGAUAUUCACUUUUGGUGUGACUAACGUCGCCCGGGACAAUCCGCAUGGGAGCUUUGACUGCAUCCAACAGCUCGGCACUCGUGCUGCAGAGGAGCUGUCAUGUCUCGGGGUGAUUCAGAAGAAAAUGACGGUCAACGCCACGGAUGACUCGUACGACAAGGCUCGUCAGAGCAUGGCCCAAGCUGAGGAGGAGACGCGCAGCCGAGGGGCCAUUGUCAUCAAACAAGGGGGGCGCUUCCAGGGCAAGAAGGUAACGGUGCGAGCCCCGGCCCGUGCACUGGCCAGCCUGACCAAGCCCCAGCACGCGUCCCAUGCCGUCCUCAGCAACAUAAAGAAGGGGGUCGGCGUGUCCAAGCCGAAGAAGGCCGCCUGUGCUGCAAACAGGAGGAGCGUGGGCGACGUGCAGGAGAGGCCGCUCAGGGAGAGGGUGACACACCUGCUGGCCCUGCGGCCGUACAAGAGGCCUGAGCUCAUCCUGAGGCUGCAGAAAGACGGACUGACAGCAGGAGACAAAGACACGCUGCACUCUGUACUGAUGGAGGUUGGCCAGCUCAACAGUAGAGACAACACAUUUGUUCUGAAGGACAGUCUGUAUAAGGAGCUGCAGAAGGACUGGCCAGGCUACUCCUCAGGAGACCAGCAGCUUCUUAAACGAAUCCUCGUCAGGAGAUUGUUUCAGCCGCAACAGAACCUCCUCACUGUCCCAGAGGCCCAGGUCAGCCCACUGCGAGACACCCCCAACUCCUCCCCAGCACACCGUCCGAAACCUUCCCUACCAGAGGAAUAUACUGACCCUCUGGCGAGUAAGAAGCCGAGGAUAUCCCACUUGUCUAGCAAAGCAGCCGGUGACAAGUCAAGAGUGAGGCCGUCCAAACAAGCGGCUCAUGAAGACACGAGGACGGGGAAUGACGGGAACUCGCUUGAUCCUCGGAGGCUUUUUGAUUCCUUGUCUGCGGUCUGUCAGCGGGAAGCGGAAGUGGCCAAGAGGCUUGAACCAGCUCCCUGUGUUCAGGAGGAGCCCAAGGCCACAGCGGACCUCCCUCAACCCAAGUCUGAUGGUUCUCCAUCCCCUCUGAUGGUGCCUGAUCAGAACAGACACACAAUCAAAAGGAAGAAGAGCAAACACAAACACGCAGAUCAGGAGAAGGAGAGGUGGAGAGACAGGAAAGAGAGGAGGAAAGAUCACAGUCCAGAGGACCCGAAAAAAGUCUCCCUGGACUGCACAGAGCCAAGUGAAAUUUUGUUUGAAACUAAUUUGCUUCAAGCGGACAAUGACACAGCAGACUAUCUGUCGACGUAUAGAGGGAUUCGCAGUCACGACCAGAGACAGAGCUACAAGCAGGACUUCAACAGGGAGUACAGCGAGUACAGAGAUUUACACGCUCGUAUCGACAUUGUGACGCGGCAGUUCAUGGAGCUGGACACACAGCUCAAACAGCUGCACCACGAAUCACAUAAGUACAAGACGGUUCAUAAUCAAAUUCUUCAAGAGUAUCGCAAAAUUAAAAAGUCCAACCCCAACUACAACCAGGAGAAGAGUCGCUGUGAAUAUCUACACAACAAACUGGCCCACAUCAAGAAGCUCAUAUCAGAGUACGACCAACAACAGCUCAGUGUGAACCAGUGAACUUGCAGAGCACAGUAAUCGCCCUGAGGCAGAGGACGUCCACACUGCUGAGCUGGAAUCUGUGGUCUUCAUGGCUGAACGUAGUCUCACGAGACCUGCUGGAAAUGUCACUGAGGUUGGGAGUCUUAUGUGAAGAGCUGCAGUGGUACGCUGGGAAACGCAGCCCUAUAAUAUGAGAUCUUUUCUUGGAAGAUGGGAAAUUUUCUUUGAAGAGAUGGUUCGACCAACGGGCUGCUACUUGACACGGUGACAUGAUACUGCCAAGGACGCGAGGAGCAACAGUUUUAUUAAGGCUCUUAAAGUGAAAACUCUCACUCUUAAAAAAAAAAUCAAACAGACAUGUGGAGAUGAGGUGUUAAGCCUAAAAACAAGUGUAGAUUCCCUCCCCAGUCUCACAUUUUAGUUCAAUUUUUUGUGAUUUAAAUCAGUUUGGGUAUUUGCUUAUGUGUUAUGAUCCAUGUCAGUGUUAAAGUCGGAAGCAUGAGAUAACUGCACGCUGUACAGACCCAGGCAGACAGGUGACGAUGCCCUGAUGGCAGCUGGGAUGCAGAUGUGCACAUCCUGAGAAGACAUCUGUUCUUUGGGUUUCCUGAAAGUGUUGCCAGUGCCUGAAGUGGUUCUUCAUUCUGGACUGGAUUCAUAGUAUUCCACUGGUGUUGUCCUUCAUGUGGCUCUUCUGGAGCACAGAAGACUGUUACAUGAACACAAUGCUGACUCAAAGUUGUAAUCAGGGAAUUUACAGUAUGAGCUGCAGUAAAAGUGCUUCAACAUAAAAUGGAUUUUGAUUCUCAGAGGACAGAAGGUUAUCGUUAAUGUAGGCAGAGCUUGUGAAGAGAAGUACGAUUUUGUUGCAUGCUGUGUGCUAUACAGAAUGCAUGAAGAGUAAAUCAGAAGUUUUGUCAGUUCCAAAUAAAUUCAUUUGUAUUCAUUUAGUUUUCCUUAUUUAUGCUCUUCGUUCGUGAGGCUAGUCAGAAAUGUCACGCAGUGCACUUAGAAAUACCCUAAACUAGGAAAUAUACAUAAAGAAUAGGUAUAAAUGAACUGAAACAUGUAUGUAUAAUGAAUAUUAAUCUUCCAGUGACGCACCUGUUGGAGACAUUUCUUUUAAAUCAAAUGUAACGUUUGAUAUUACUGGUAAGAU